AAAGUAUUACACAAAUAUGGAAAAAUGGCAACAAAAACGACAAGACUUUUCUCCAAUUAUUAAUUAUAAGGAAGAUAGAAGAAUUGUAAAUUUAUUACUAUAAGAAAAAGAAAAAAAGAAGGAAAAAGAAAGAUCUCCGUGGUGUGGUCUACAUAGUAUAGUACUUUGUUCUUCUUUUCUACUUGUAGAUCUGUCGCACAAUGGCUACUGCUGGAGCUAACAGAAGAAAAAUUUCUGCUGCAUCAGCCCGUUCUCACACCAGAAGGACCAAUAAAACCACUUCUUCUUCUUCAGGAAUACUUAGAACAACACUUGCAGUGUUGUUUAUUGGGUUUCUAGCAUGGGCUUAUCAAGUUACUCAGCCUCCUCCUCCCAAGAUAUGUGGCUCUCCUGAUGGACCACCUAUAACAGCACCAAGAAUACAACUAAGAGAUGGAAGACAUUUGGCAUACAAAGAGCACGGUGUUCCAAAAGACGAAGCGAAGUAUAAAAUCAUCUCUGUUCAUGGUUUUACCAGUUGCAGGCAUGACGCUGUGGUUGCCGACACCCUAUCGCCUGACGUCGUUAAGGAAUUGGGGGUCUACUUUGUAUCUUUUGACAGACCUGGUUAUGGAGAAAGUGACCCUGAUCCAAAGCGUACGUUAAAGAGCAUUGCCUUGGAUAUAGAAGAACUUGCUGAUAAGCUGGAAUUAGGGUCCAAAUUCUACGUGGUUGGUGUUUCCAUGGGUGGACAAAUUGUUUGGAACUGCCUGAAGUACAUACCUCACAGGCUGGCAGGUGCAGCGCUCUUAGCCCCAGUCGUUAACUACUGGUGGCCUGAUCUUCCUGCAAAUUUAACUGCCGACGCCUUUAACGAAAUGAAAUUACAAGACCAAUGGGCACUUCGUGUUGCUCACUAUACGCCAUGGCUAACGUACUGGUGGAACACUCAAAGAUGGUUCCCGAUUUGUAGUGCAGUUGCUCGUAGUCCGGAUAUCCUUUCAAAACAAGACAAAGUGCUUGCAAUUAAGUUCUUGGAACAUAAAGUGAACUAUGCGGCACAGGUAAGACAGCAAGGUGAAUAUGAAAGUGUCCACCGCGACUUAAAUAUUGCAUUUGGAAGCUGGGAACAUACUCCUUUGGAUCUUCAAAAUCCAUUUCCAAACAAUGAAGGUUCUGUUCAUGUUUGGCAAGGAGAUGAUGAUUUGUUGGUUCCGGUUACAGUACAACGAUACAUUGCACAAAACCUUUCGUGGAUUCACUAUCAUGAACUUCCAGGUUCUGGCCACCUCUUCCCCCACAUCGAUGGUGUGAGUGAGACUAUCAUUAAGACACUUUUAGGUGUGAAAUAGGCUUCUGUAUUUGUCAUUGGCUAUUGCGGUCAGCUUCGGCAUAUUUAUCUCUGUUAUGGAGAAUUCAAAUUGAAGAUCACAAUUCAUAUGAUAAACUUUGGGCAACAAUGACUGUUGGAUCGAUGAGUCCAGUUACUUCUUGAUAAUUUAAUACGCGGAUUGUUCCUUUGUUUUAAAAUUCAUCAGAAGCUGGGAUAUUUUGUUUUUGUAAAAUGAAUUUGGUGAUAGAUAAUAACUUCUACACACAUGAAUGCAUUUGGUGGAGGAUGGUUUGUCUAGAUAUACAAUCUUAUAAAUUUCUUGUGCUUA